UCUGUUAAUUGAUCAUGUCGGGAUCAAUGAGAAAGACGGAAGGAAUCGAGGCGCUGAGGGCGGCGAGCCUACGGUCAUCGAGCUUACGGGGAGCAAGCCAGAGGAUGUUUCGAAGUGGUGAAAGCAUUUUUACGACAUCAGCAAGCAUUCGUAGAAGCAAUGACGAUGAAGAGGAGCUUAAAUGGGCUGCACUGGAGAAGCUACCCACUUACGACAGGCUCAAUGUCUCGCUUCUGAAGCUGGACAAGAGCAAGAGCGGGCACGAUAUCCAAGACCAGGUUGAUGUUCGGCGAAUUGAUCUUGAGGCUCGACGAAACCUCGUUGACAGGCUUGUGAACAUUGUUGAUCAUGAUAAUGAGCUGUUUGUGCAAAAGCUUCGUGAAAGGAUUGACAGAGUGGGGAUUACAUUGCCAGAAGUUGAAGUACGCUAUGAACAUCUCAACGUCGGAGCAGAGGUGUAUGUGGGUCGAAGAGCGAUGCCAACGCUACUGAAUUCCUCGUUGAAUAUGGUCGAGAGCAUUCUGAGCUCCUUUAUGAUGUACAAGAGCAAGAAAAGGUCGGUUGGGAUUCUCAAGGAUGUGAGUGGCAUCAUCAAACCUGGAAGGUUGACUCUGCUUCUCGGCCCUCCUGGUUCCGGAAAGACUACCCUUUUGUUGGCUCUAGCUGGUAAGCUAGAUAAGGGUCUCAAGGUUUCUGGAAGUGUUACAUACAAUGGGCACACCAUGAAGGAGUUUGUCCCACAGAGAACAUCAGCCUACAUUAGUCAACAUGAUCUGCAUAUUGGAGAAAUGACAGUAAGGGAAACCUUGGACUUCUCUGUCAGAUGUCAGGGAGUCGGAUAUAGAAAUGAUGUCCUUUCUGAACUUGCAAGAAGAGAGAAAAAACAAUCAAUUAAACCAGACUCAGAUAUAGAUUUCUUUAUGAAGGCAGCAGCUGUUGAAGGCCAGAGAUCCAACAUUAUGACUGAUUAUACUUUAAAGUUGCUUGGAUUGGAUAUCUGUGCUGAUAUAAUUGUGGGAGAUGAUAUGAGGAGAGGGAUUUCAGGAGGGCAGAAGAAACGAGUGACCACAGGUGAGAUGAUUGUGGGUCCUUCUACCGCUCUCUUCAUGGAUGAGAUCUCCACAGGGCUGGAUAGUUCAACAACUUACCAGAUUGUCAAGUGUCUGCAGCAUAUAAUUCAUGUCUUUCAUUCUACCAUGGUCAUCUCUCUCCUUCAACCCACACCAGAAACAUUUGACCUCUUUGAUGAUAUCAUACUCAUCUCUGAAGGCAAGAUAGUCUACCAUGGACCUCGAGAUUCCAUUCUUGAAUUUUUUGAGAUGAUGGGAUUUACAUGUCCUGAGAGGAAAGGCAUAGCAGAUUUUCUCCAAGAGGUGACAUCAAAGAAGGAUCAAGAACAAUAUUGGUACAAGAAGGAACAACCAUAUCGUUACAUUCCAGUUGAGGAAUUCUCUCAAGACUUUUGGUCAUUUCAUGUAGGGAAAGAACUGUAUACAGAAAUUUCCGUUCCCUAUGACAGGUCCAAAGGCCACCCAGCUGCCCUUGUAAGAAAAAAGUAUGGGCUUCCAAGAAAAGAGCUCUUUAAAGCAUGCUUGGAUCGAGAAAUUCUUCUAAUGAAGAGGAGUGCGUUCAUCUACAUUUUCAAAGCUGUGCAAAUUGCAGUAGUUGCCACCGUAACAAUGACAGUCUUCCUACGGACAGAAAUGGAUCAUAGCUCUCUACAAGAUGGAUCAAAGUACAUGGGUCUCCUUUUCUUUGGACUGAUCAACAACCUGUUUAAUGGGCUUGCAGAAGGACAGAUGACAAUAAUGAAAUUGCCAGUAUUCUACAAGCAGAGGGAUGCCAUGUUCUUUCCAUCAUGGGUUUACUCACUUUCAACAUUUAUCACAAGAAUUCCAGUGUCACUAAUUGAAUCUUCCAUCUGGGUAAUCCUUACCUAUUACACAGUUGACCUGGCACCAAACCCUGGAAGAUUUUUUUGCCAAUUGCUUCUAAUGUUCAACCUUCAUCAAAUGUCGCUUUCCCUAUUCCGUUUCAUUGCGGCAUUGGGACGGAAUGAGAUUGUGGCUAACACAUUCGGAGCAUUUGCUCUACUGAUCAUAUUUAUUCUAGGUGGAUUUGUGGUUUCUCGAGAGGAUAUACAUAAAUGGUGGCUCUGGGGGUACUGGGCAUCUCCUUUAAUGUAUGCUCAGAAUGCGAUUGCCGUAAAUGAAUUCCUAGCAAGUAGAUGGGGCGAGGGAGGGGAGAUACUUCUGAAGCUGAGGGGAUUAUUUCCAGAACAAAAGUGGUUCUGGAUAGGAAAUGGGGCCCUCUUGGCAUUCAACAUUUUCUUCAACAUCCUCUAUACUGUCGCAUUGGCAUAUCUAAACCCUCUUGGUAAGCCUCAAAUAUCAAUAACUGAUUCUGGUGAAUCUAUAAAUGGGGAAAACAGAGAUGUACAAGAUUCUGGCAAACAUAGUAAGACUCUGAGGAAAGGAAUGGUUUUGCCAUUUAAACCACUUUCCAUGGCAUUUGACAAUGUGAAUUACUUCGUCGACAUGCCUAGAGAAAUGAAACAGCAAGGGAUACUAGAGGACCGUCUCCAACUACUGUGUGGAGUAAGUGGAUUUUUUAGACCAGGUGUCUUGACAUGUUUGAUGGGAGUGAGUGGUGCUGGGAAAACCACCCUAAUGGAUGUACUUGCUGGACGGAAAACUGGUGGAUAUUUUGAGGGCUCAAUCACCAUAUCUGGCUACCCAAAGAAGCAAGAAACUUUUGCACGAAUCAGUGGCUACUGUGAGCAAAAUGACAUUCAUUCUCCCAACCUUACUGUUUAUGAGUCUCUUCUUUACUCGGCCUGGCUUCGAUUGCCUGCAAAAGUGGAUGUGAAAACAAGAGAGAUGUUUGUGAAGGAGGUCAUGGAUCUGGUUGAACUAAACAAUCUGAAGGAUGCCCUAGUUGGCAUUCCACGUGUUACGGGGCUCUCGACAGAACAAAGAAAGCGUCUCACCAUAGCUGUUGAACUUGUUGCCAACCCCUCCAUUAUAUUCAUGGAUGAACCUACUUCAGGUCUUGAUGCUCGAGCUGCAGCAAUUGUGAUGCGAACUGUCCGGAACACAGUAGACACAGGAAGAACCGUAGUUUGCACUAUUCACCAACCCAGUAUUGAUAUCUUUGAGUCAUUUGAUGAGCUAUUACUCAUGAAACGGGGAGGACAAGUAAUAUAUGCAGGUCCACUUGGAAAACACUCACAGGAGCUUAUCAACCACUUUGAAGCAAUUGACGGUGUCCCAAAGAUAUCUCCUGGAAUUAAUCCUGCAACAUGGAUGCUGGAAGCAACUUCAAUAGCUUCUGAAAAUCAUCUUGGGGUAGAUUUUGCAGAAAUUUACCUUAACUCCACUCUCUAUAAAAAAAACAAAGCAAUAAUAAAAGAAUUGAAUAAACCAGUCCCUGGUUCCAAUGAUAUACACUUUAAAACCAGAUUCUCACAGUCUUUCUGGGUUCAAGCAAUGGCCUGUCUCUGGAAGCAACACUGGUCAUACUGGAGGAAUCCACAAUACAAUGCUGUCCGCUUUUUCUUCACUUCCAUAUGUGCUAUACUACUUGGAAGCAUAUUUUGGAACAUGGGGAGCAAAAUUGAAAAGCAACAAGAUUUUCUCAAUGCCAUGGGAUCCAUGUAUGCUGCAGUUGUUUUCCUAGGUUUCAGUAAUGCAGCAUCCGUGCAGCCAGUAGUAGACAUUGAAAGGAGUGUUUUCUAUAGAGAAAGAGCUGCAGGCAUGUAUUCUGCUCUUCCAUAUGCCUUUGCCCAGCUAAUGAUGGAGCUCCCUUACACCUUUGUGCAAUCCGUCAUAUAUGGACUAAUUGUCUACUCCACUUUAGGCUUCCAUUGGACAGCAGCUAAAUUUUUGUGGUUCUUCUUCUUCAUGUUCUUCACUUUCCUCUACUACACAUACUAUGGUAUGAUGACCGUCGCAUUGACUCCCAAUGCCCCAUUUGCAGCAAUUAUGUCUACAGCAUUUUAUGGAUUUUGGAUGAUCUUUGCUGGUUUCCUGAUACCCAGAGCUAGCAUCCCUGUUUGGUGGAGAUGGUAUUAUUGGGCAUGCCCUGUUGCAUGGACGCUAUAUGGUUUAGUGGCUUCCCAAUUUGGAGAUGUCACAACAACCAUGUUAACAUAUGAAGGAUUUGAAGUCCCUUUAAAGAAUUUUCUAAGCACUAAUUUUGGUUUUCACCAUAACAUGCUGCCAAUUGUUGCCUGUGUAACCGUUGGCUUUGCAGUUCUCUUUGCCUUUGUAUUCGCCCACUCUAUACACUUUCUUAACUUCCAAACCAGAUGAAGAUUCAUUUAUACAAAAUUUGAAUUGUUGGCUCCCAAACUAGAUUAGAAAAUGAAUUCAAGAGUUAAC